AUGAAACUCCAUUCCUUUAUUUCUGUUCUCCUCUUUGUGACUUUAAUACUAAAAGGAAAGACUGGCGUUAUUCCAGGACAAAAACAGUGUAUUGCUUUGAAAGGGGUGUGCAGAGAAGCCAGAUGCAGCACAUUAGAUGAUACCAUUGGUAUAUGUAGUCACGAAAAAAAAUGUUGUAGAAGGUGGUGGAUACUUGAGCCCUAUCCAACUCCGGUUCCCAAAGGAAAAUCUCCUUAG